GCAGAAUCAAUCUCCACUCCAUCUCUAGAAUCAAUCUUAAUCCAUUUCUUCUUCUUGUCUUAAUGCUCUCUCAUCUCCACUCUUCUACAAAACCAAUCUUAACCCAUUUCUUCUUCUUCUCUUUUCUCAAGAGAACUUGAGAAACAGAACCCAGCUACUGGGUUUCAUUGAAGCCUCAAACUUAAUAGAUCUUAUCAAAUCAAAUUAACCCUUCAAUAAACAAUAUCAAUCAAACUCUAAUCAAAUUCCAACAAAAAUACAAUCAAAUUGUAAAUCAACUCUCAAAUUUAUUAACAACUGGAAAUGAAAAUCAAAAGAAGAAUGAAAAAACAUGAAUCCAGCAUCGAAACAGCAAAGUUGGGUUCAUCGAAACCCAGCUGGGUCUCGUUGGAACCCAACAAGGGAGACCCAGCCAGGCUGGGUUCGACAAGACCUAGCAGGCUGGGUUCGUCGCAGCCAUGGAAUCCAGCCUGGUGGAGACCCAGGGCAGGAAAGAAAGAAGGGGAAGAAGAGGGAUUGGGUGGGUGAGGGUAGUUAGGUAAAUUUAUUUGUUUUUAUUUAAACUAUAAAUAUUAAUCUACGUG